AUGUCUCGCUCCCCCAACAUCCCCGCCGCAGCCGCAAGGCUCCUCCUCCUCUCUUCUUUGCCCCUGGCACUAGCCUACCCUCAGAUGAUCCCGCCCUUCGAACUGCUCAAUGCUACAUCUGACGCUGUACCGGUAUCCACUUCCGCUGUUGUCCCAGAAGAAACACCCAUCUACAACUACAGUGAUCCAUCCAUCACCUACGAUUACUUCACCGCGUCGCCCGUGCCCACAUCCACUUCUUCCAGUAGCGUCGACUUCUAUGGCUUCACGACUACAGAUUCCGCACCGGAGGCCACUGCGACCGUCAUCUCUGAUCCUGGUAUGACGACGCCUCUGGACCCCAUUUUUAUGCCUUCUUCGGUGUAUCCCUUCCCAACUACGCCGGAUGUUAGUGUGAAGACCUUCCUUGCAGUUGUGCAGCCGCUGUUGGAUAUCAUUCAGAAUCUUCUUCCGCCGUCGACUGUUCGGGAUGUGUUUGGUCCGUACUCGAGUGAAUCAUUGGAGAUGAAGAAGAGGAGCACGGAAGCUGUUGGUACGGGUCUACCGACUGGUCUCCCGACUGGUAUACUGGAUGUCAAUACACUUAUUGUUGCGCUUGUCAAGCAGGCCCUGGCUAUCCUGAACAGCACUCCGGCUGAUAGCGUAACCAAGGCAGUUCCACUUGAUGCUGCAACUGGCGCGGUUGGCACUGUAACCAAUACCGCUGGUGGGUUACCUGUUGGUGCUGUCACUGGUACAGUUGGAGGUGCCACGGGUGGUCUUCUUGUUGUCGGUGGUCUGACUGGUGGAAGCAUCGCCAGUAGAGCACUGCGACGUCGUCAGCUCUCUGGCUUAGGGAGCGUUGUUAGUGCCCCCAAGGCUGUCCCACCACUUGUUCAGUCUAUCACUGGUGCUGCGACUGGUAGCACAGGGAGUCUUCCAGUUGUUGGGAGUUUGCCUGUUAACCCCGGUUCAGUUGUCAGCACGGCUACCGGUGCUGUAUCUGGAAAAACUGGAAGCCUUCCAGGCGUCGGCAGUCUACCUGUUAAUCCAAACUCUGUCCUCAACACAGCCACCGGAGGUGCUGGAUCCGUCGCUGCUGGAGUGCCUCUUGUGAACAACGUGGUACCGGGAGGCAUCUCCGUCACCGGCAGCCUACCCACCUCUCUCGACCCUGCGUCAAUCGCCAACACGGUAACUGGUGCAGCUGGAGGUGUCAGCUUAGCUGGCAAUCUACCCGUCAACCCAUCGACCGUCGUCGGCACCGUAACCAACGCGCUCCCUGCCCCCGCCGCAAACCUCGUCCCAAGCAAUGUAACCAGCACGAUUUCCCCAGCACAGCUCAGUGUCGUGAUCUCGCUCCUCAACGCAGCUAUUAGUCUCCUACUCGGUAAUCUCAAUCUCGAUAUCGUCGGUGGUCUCACCAAACGCUCCACCGACGUCUCCCUAUCCAGCCCCACACAUGCUGAAUUCUAUAAGCGCGAAGCCUUUUAUCCCGUUCCCGUCCGCACCAUGCGUCAUGAAGAAAGGAAACGCCAGGGUACAAACGUCAACUUUGGUGCUUCUAGCUUGGAUAAUGCUGCGCACUUGAGUAAUGGGGAGUUGAUGGCUCUUCUGGGCGCUGAUGGUAGCUUGGAUCCCAUGGGCUUGAUGGCACAGGAGGAUCAGUCUGAGGAUGCUUACUAUUCUUCUGCGCCUGGUGGUGCGAACUCUGCUGAGCAGUACUAUCCGCCCAUGGGCGACGACGUGGUGCCAGCGUUUGAGGGCUACUCUGAGUAA